AUGCCAAGUGAAACGCCAGCACCAUUACGUCUGUAUAGAGAAGAAGAAUUGGUGAACUUGAGAGGACAUGGAAUUGGAAAGCUUGAGGAAUGGGACAGGGUCUAUGACUAUGCUUACUACAAUGAUUUGGGAGAUCCUGAUAAGGGCUCAAAAUAUGACCGCCAAAUUCUUGGAGGGUCUACCGAGUACCCUUAUCCUCGUAGGGGGAGAACAGGCCGACCACCAACAAAGACAGAUCCAAAUUCCGAGAGUAGGUUGCCCCUUCUGAUGAGCUUAAACAUUUAUGUUCCAAGAGAUGAAAGGUUUGGACAUUUGAAGAUGUCAGAUUUUCUUGCUUAUGCCUUGAAAGCCGUCGUUCAAUUCCUCCACCCCGAGUUUGAGGCUAUAUGUAACCUUACACAUAAUGAGUUCAACACCUUUCAAGAUGUGCUUAAACUCUAUGAAGGAGGAAUCAAGCGACCUGAAGGUCCUUUGCUGGACCUUAUUCGAAUUGAUGGUCAGGGACACUUCAAAUAUCCAAUGCCACAAGUUAUCAAGGAGGACAAGUCUGCAUGGAGGACAGAUGAAGAAUUUGCAAGAGAAAUGCUGGCUGGAGUUAACCCUGUCAUCAUCCAAAGUCUCAAAGAUUUUCCUCCAACAAGCAAGCUAGAUCCUAAAGUUUAUGGCAACCAAAACAGUUCAAUAACCAAAGAAAAUAUAGAGAAACACUUAGAUGGGUUGACAGUAAAUGGGGCAAUAAAGACCUAUCGGCUAUUCAUAUUGGAUCACCAUGACACAUUGAUGCCAUAUCUGAGGCGAAUAAACACGACUUCCACCAAGACUUAUGCCUCGAGGACAUUGCUCUUCUUGCAAAAAGAUGGAACAUUGAGGCCAUUAGCAAUUGAACUAAGCUUGCCACAUCCGGAAGGCGAUCAAUUUGGGGCUGUUAGCAAAGUAUACACCCCUGCUGAACAUGGCGUUGAUGGGUCUGUAUGGCAGUUGGCUAAAGCUUACGUCGCUGUCAAUGAUUCUGGCGUUCAUCAGCUCUGCAGCCACUGGUUGAAUACUCAUGCAGCGAUGGAGCCAUUUGUUAUUGCUACAAACAGGCAGCUGAGUGUGAUACACCCAAUUUAUAAGCUUCUGCUUCCUCAUUUGCGUGAUACGAUGAAUAUCAAUGCGUUUUCUCGACAGAUAUUAAUUAAUGCUGGUGGAAUUCUUGAGAGCACAGUUUUUCCAGCAAAGUUUUCCAUGGAAAUGUCAUCUGUACUUUACAAGAAUUGGGUUUUUCCUGAGCAAGCACUCCCUGCUGAUCUCCUCAAAAGAGGAAUGGCAAUUGAGGACUCAAAUUCUCCACACGGCCUCCACCUACUAAUUCAGGAUUACCCAUACGCCGUUGAUGGGCUUGAGAUCUGGUCAGCAAUCAAAACAUGGGUUGACGACUACUGCAACUUCUACUACAAGACUGAUGAGAUGGUUCAAAAAGACUCUGAACUCCAGUCAUGGUGGAAAGAACUUCGAGAAAAAGGACACGGUGAUAAGAAAAAUGAGCCCUGGUGGCCUAAAAUGCAGACUCGCGAAGAACUGAGAGACUCAUGCACUAUCAUCAUAUGGGUGGCUUCUGCUCUCCAUGCAGCUGUCAAUUUCGGACAGUACCCUUAUGCUGGAUACCUCCCGAACCGUCCAACCUUGAGUCGUAGGUUCAUGCCUGAACCGGGCAGUCCUGAGUAUCAUGAGCUCGAGUCAAACCCCGACAAGGCUUUCUUGAGGACCAUUACAGCCCAGUUGCAAACCCUGCUGGGAAUUUCUCUGAUAGAGAUUUUGUCCACCCAUUCGUCCGACGAGGUUUAUCUGGGGCAAAGGGACACUCCUGAAUGGACUACAGAUGCUGAACCAUUGGAAGCCUUUGGGAGAUUUGGGAAAAAGCUUGAAGGAAUUGAGGAUCGUAUCACGGAGAUGAACAACAAUAAUAAGUGGAUGAACAGGGUUGGUCCUGUCAAAAUGCCAUACACUUUGUUGUAUCCUACCAGUGAAGGUGGACUAACUGGUAAGGGAAUUUCCAACAGUGUAUCAAUCUAA